GCGGCCGCCAUUAGACAGGUUCCUUCAGUGAGAAGACGGCUACGCUGGGUUGGACGAGGCUCGGGUUGCUUUCCUGUCCGCCGCGGUGUCUCGGCUUCCUGCGCCCGGACCUCCGUCCUUGUUCGGCUUCUGCGUCCCGGCCGUGUCCCAUGUGAGCCGCCAGUCGCGGUCCCACCGGCUUUUCACUCUCGCGCCUGACUGAGUCCGAGGAAGGCUUUUCAGGAUGGCGGCCGGCGGAGCGGCGGGCGGCGGUAGCGGAAGGACCUACUCGUUCAAGGUGGUGCUGCUGGGCGAGGGCUGCGUGGGCAAGACGUCGCUGGUACUGCGCUACUGCGAGAACAAGUUCAACGACAAGCACAUCACCACGCUGCAGGCAUCCUUCUUGACAAAGAAGCUGAACAUUGGAGGGAAAAGGGUGAAUCUGGCAAUAUGGGACACUGCAGGUCAGGAGAGAUUCCACGCUCUGGGGCCCAUUUAUUACAGAGACUCCAAUGGAGCAAUCUUAGUGUAUGACAUCACAGAUGAGGACUCGUUUCAGAAGGUGAAAAAUUGGGUGAAAGAAUUACGGAAAAUGUUGGGAAAUGAAAUAUCUUUAUGUAUAGUAGGUAAUAAAACAGACCUGGAGAAGGAGAGGACCGUGUCCGUCCAGGAAGCAGAAGGGUAUGCAGAGUCUGUCGGGGCAAAACACUAUCACACGUCGGCGAAAUUAAAUAAAGGAAUCGAGGAGCUCUUCCUUGACCUUUGUAAAAGAAUGAUGGAGACGGCACAGGCAGAUGAAAGGGCAAAGGGCAACGGCGCCAGCCAGUCGGGGGCAUCGCGACGAGGGGUGCAGAUCAUCGACGACGAACCCCAAGCUGCCACAGCUGCCGGGGGCGGGUGCUGCUCCGGUUAGCUGCACCUGUUCCUCUGCCCCAGGACUGUGGACUCUGCCUUCCCCCCAUCACAUGCCCUACAACUAAAUGUCACGAAGACUGCCAUUCUAAGAAGUCACACGUACGAUCACGGCCCACCCCCCUCCAUUGAAUGUGUUUAACCGUAUUUCUAAGUAAUCGCAGACCUAACGCUGAAGAGACUUCUGAAACGAGUGAACUUUGGAGUAAGACUACCAGGAGACAGCUCUUUGGUCUCUCAGUUUAUUUAACAAGUGUUUACCAGUGGUGUGUCUAAGCCCCGCCCCAUUUCUCUCGCCCUACUUAUGCACAUGCCCCGAUUCAAAUUUGUUUUUUAUUCUUUGACACGGAUAAUGUGCAUGUAGAAUUUAAUUCUGUAAAAGCUUAAUUUGGUUUACUUUUAAAAGAAAUCUUUAUUUAAUAAGUUAUGUGUAUAAUGGAAAUCUAAACAUGCUCAGUCCCAUUGUAUGUUUUGUGGUGAACAGUGAAGUCCAGCAUCUUUUUUUUUUUUUUUUUUUUUUUUUUUUUUUU